AUGAAAUUUCCAGGUUGUAAAACCCGAGUUUUCCCGCUGUGUUUUAGCGUGUGUUUAAUUUUUUGUGAAUGUGUACUGUGGUUAUACGGUUCAUACACUUUUAUAUAUGUAUUCGAAAGUUGUUUGAGAUGCAUGUCGCGUCCGUGUGUCUCGCUGGUUGCUAAACUUCCCUUCUUAUUGUUUUUAUUUCACAGCAAGCUCUUUGUGGGCGGACUUAGCUAUGAAACUACGAAAGGUAACUUGAUGUUUCUUCUUUAAUUUUUCCCUAUUUUUGAUCAAAUGCACAAAGUUUUAAAUUUAUGUAGAAUGUCCCUGGGAAGCCAGCUGUGUUAAAAUCCGACGUUUUAUUCCUUUCAAUUUCAGAAACGUUGACGGACUAUUUUAACAAUUUUGGUGAAGUUAUUGGCGUGGAAAUUAAAAUGGAUGCGUUAACUGGUCGUUCAAGGUUUGUUCGCCGUUUGUACCUCUGUUGUACUGGGUCGCCAAGUCUUCAACUAAAUUAACCACCGAAAAUAUACUCGUAAUAUUUGUUCUCGACAAUAUAUUCUUUUGUACUCUUUUCCACGUGCGCGGCUGUCUCAAGGGUACAUUUAUAAUGAAUGGGAAAAAUCAGCUCUGGUUUUCACACCAUCGUGUGACAAAACACGCUGCUUUAUUGAGUAACUACUAAACGUUCUUAACGCCUCCAGAGAAUGAAUGUUACGAGUUUUGUCGGCCGAGAAAAAUUAAGAAGUUGAUCCUAUAAAGUCACGCGAAGGAAGUCCGUAUUGAAAGAUACACGCUGGUUUGUUGUCAUCUCUCAAACAAUUCAAGUAAAAAGAACAUUCUCAUAACAGACCACCAGUGUCUCUUUCUCAGUUUAAAUACCCCCCUGUAGCGAGCCAUUUUCGCGGUCGGUUUUUGGUGUAAACACGUACAUGCGUUUAAGCACGCCAUUACUGGUCGACAUAUAACGAAAGACGAUCAACGUGCAAUUUGAGGCGCCGGAUGAAGUUGUUUUGUCUCUUGAACUGUCCUACUUUUGUUUUCUAUCCUCUCGAUCUGAUUAAUAUUUCUCGCAAAUGGCCGAUUUCCUUUCAACGCUCCCCGGUGAACGGCCGAAAACGAUAAAUUAUCUCGAAGUUGGCUCGGUGAACGUGAAGUUCCAAUGCAAUUGCGUUCUCUGGCCGUAUAAUAGCAUUAAAUUAACCGACAAGCGUGUUCUUGAACUAAUUUAUUGUUUGUUUUCUUUCAUUUUAGGGGUUUCGCAUUUGUACAGUUUAAAGAUCCGAAACAAGCUAACGCGGUAAAGUUCCCAUUUUAUAAAUUGUUAUUAACAAAGUCAUGAAUAAUGCUGCUUAUUUCCAAAUCACUUCUCAGGCAGGCAUGCGGUAAUUUUUUCCAAACAUUAAAGACAAUGAGUGAGGCGUUGCGUUGAGGGCUCGAAAGUGGCUUAACAUAUUAUUCAAACUUUUGAACAGAGGCUGCAGGUUUUCGCUGCGGAUUGUUAUUUUUCGAAAAGUGUAGCGGGUUGAUAUUCUCUGUUAGUCGGGUGGCUUAUUUUUCCCAUGACUGAAAGUCAGGAUAGGGUAAUAUUUUUAAGUGGCAGUCGACCAGUCACUAAGCGACAACGUAUCGUGAUUUUGUAUUGCUUCUUUGAGGCAGAUAUGAACCUUGUCAGCUAUGGUCACAAAGCCGUGACAAGCCGACCAAUCGGCUUAUUCUAACCCCUCUGGUAAUAUUGAGUUAUGAAUAUUAAGUUCUGAUGAUGCAGAUUUUUUGGAGGGCUUUUGCUACCUUUCCUUGCUUGUUACCAAGAAAUGGAAAUUGAUGUGGCCCGUGGAAUGUGAUAGCCUUGGAAAUAGGACAUUUAGAGGAAUAUCCGUAGUUUACAUUGGGGAAAGUGUUAUAAUUGGUUGCAUGACUGAAAUGGAAAACAAGGAUAACCUAACUUAUUAAUAAAUAUGAGCUGCCAGCAGUCACAAUACUUAUUUAGAGCUGAUGACGUUUACAGCAAAAACUUAUUUUACUUGCAAAACUUAUGCUUUAGUGGAAAAUUAAUGGAACAGGUGAAAUUUGUGUAUCUCAAAUUUCCAUCAGGUCUCUUUAAAACAAGGAUAAAUGUAUGUAGAUAACAUCCAUUAUUAUAAUAGCCAUUAAAAUAAAAAGGAGGAAAAAAAUGUUUUACUUAUAAAGGAAGCAUUAUGAUAUUAAGCUGUUUGUGACAUUUGAGCAAUAAAUAAAAUGCAAAUGACAGUUUUAGCAUAUAUUUUUUUUGGCUCUCGAGGUCUACUUUCCGAAGAUGAAGCUAAUUUGUGACAACUUAAUUCUGCUGAGUUGAACCUUAAAUAGUACUUCCAUAUGCAUAUUUACCCAGCUGAUAAAAGCUUUUAUUUUAUUUUUUAUACAAACAGUUGGAUCAAUAUCAAUUUCAUUAUCACAUAGCUGCAUGAAGAGGAAAAUUAUUCCAAAACUGCUGAACCUGCUUUCUGAACUCAUAAGAAUGAAAAAAAUGGCAUCAGCUAGUUUAAACUCAAAAUAGCCUAGAACAAACUCGACUUAAACAGUAGAAAUCCCACAUCGGGAGUUAUCUUGGCCUCGAAAUUUACAAGAAUUCUUGAAAUUGUUUAAUCUUUCCCAUCUUGUCCCACCCACAUUUUGUGUUAAUUCUUGUCACGUAAAAGGUUUAAUAGUUUAUCUGCCUUCUGUCAGGUUCGCCAGAAGCAAUAUCUAUGUGUUAAUAAUGGUAGGACUUUUUUGUCGCAAUUUUCUUUAAGUAAAUACGUGUCAUUUUAUUAUUGUGGGUUGUUAAAUAUAAUUGCUGCCAGUAUUGCUGAACCAGGAAGUGUAGCAAAUGCUCUCAGUAUCUGAACAAAACUUGAUUUAGGAUAUGUUGUUCUUGAUAGUUUCAAGUUUAACAUCACAAACGUAUUUAGAGUUCUUAUAUUAAUACUGGUAGUCGCAACAACUACUCAUUGAAAUUGUCUGUUAAAUUAUAAUUAUGCAUCCAAGCAAGAUUAGCUUUUAGUUAUUUGCUAGGUGGCUUUUUAAGUACACAUGGUCGUGAAAUUUUUUUUCCUUCCUUUUUUUCUGUGCAUUAUAAAUAAAUAUAAUAACAAUUGUUGCUGCUGUUGCUAUUUGUUGAUAGAGUUCUCGAUAGAAUUUUAAUGAUCCUUGUGUCUUUCUCACUUUUUAAAGGCAGUUUUCCCAGAAAAUUUCUAGUUGAGUGUGAUGUCAAAAUCAUUUUAUAAUAAAAUAUUAUAUAUUUUUUAGUCUUGAUAAUAUAAUAUCUAUUUAAGAUCCCACAGAAAGACCAGUCGAAGAUAGUUUGCUGUAGAAUUUAAAGGGGAAUUUUUCAGAAUGAGAAACAGUUUGGCUUUUACUUUAAGGAGAGUUGUUAAUGAAUUUUGGGAAUUGUUACAGAUUCAAAGUAUAACAUUAAUUGCAGGAGUUCAUGACUUUUGGCAGGAUUUUUCAGUAAAAUGCUAAAAUUACAGCAUAUUUAAAUAUUGACUUUUAAUGUGAAAGUGCAUACAAUGUAAUUCAAAACUAGACCAUUUGGAAUAUACUCAACUGAUGCAAAAAAAGUGUAGCUUUUUAAAAAGAUGCAAAUACUUUAACAAAGCCUGGCCUUUAAAUUCUCUUUAAUCCUCUUCAAUAUGAUAGUUAAUUUCUUGUUGCAGGUCGUGGGAAAAAAGUCAAAUUUUGCGGGUUUUUAGGGACAAAUUGGUGGAAAAAUAGGCCGAUUUCGCGGGAAUUUCAUGGGAAAUUUCGGAGCAAACUUUGCCAAAAAGCAAUCAGUAAAAAAAUGGCUGAUUUUGUGGUUAUUUUCAAGGUAAAUUUGGCUAGAAAUCGAUCGGUUUUGCACUGAUCAGACCAGCGUUUUUAACGUUUUUCUAACAGAGGUCAUCAUUUGCUCUUUCAGCAACAAUACGCUCCAGAAAUGAACCAAUGGCCCAGUUUUUUGCAACAUAAACUAUGCCUGGUAGUUUCGGGACGUUGUUUCCACGUUUCAUUGACGAAGUUUCAAGAUAAAUUUGCCAGUUUACAGCAAGUAUAAUAUUUUAUAGCCCCAACAGCUUAAACAAGUUUCAAAUAAUUAUAUUGUACAGACAUGUAUUUAAUAAGAUUUCUACCGAAUUUUGCGGUAUUUUGCGUGUUUUGUGAAUUAAGCAGGAUUUUGCGGACUUACCUGAUUUUUUGGCUCCAUGACCUCGCGAAAAUUCAGAAGCUCUGUUCUUGUAACUCUUUAUUAAGUCCCCAGAGCUACUGACAUCAAUCUUCUCCCAACAUUGAUAUUAUCCAUACAUCUUCAAGAGAAAAGUUUAAUGAGAAUUAACAAAAUGAUCACGAAAGGUAAAAUGCUUUGAUAUCUUAUCAAAUUCUCUCAAAACUAAUUUUUUAAGGAAGUGCACAGAGAUCAGUAUGGAAACUUUGUAUGUGGAUACUGAGGCUUGAAGGGUUAUAAUCCUGUUUUGGUCAGUACUGUAGUGAAGUGUUGGAAUUGGUAGAGACUGUCAGGAACGCUUAUUAAGAAUACUUGGCACAUCUCAAUACUUUCUUAUCCCUAACCUGCUGAUAUGUUGGACUCGGUAGAGACUGUCAGGAAUUCUUAUCGUACUUGGCACAUUUCAAUGUUUUCUUAUCCCUAACCUGCAACAUGUUGGACUUGGUAGAGAUUGUCAAGAAUGCUUCUAUCAAUAGUACUUGGCACAUCUCAAUACUUUCUUAUAGUCAGAAGUGUAGAGGAGUCAAGGUUCCCCUUGAUCAUAAAUUGCUCAGACAUUUUGUACAACAUUAUGGUGGAAAAAUAGAAGGGGAAUUGUUUUUAUUUCUCAUUACUUCCAUUGUUAUCAUGGUUGAAUACACGCAUGUACACUUGCUAUAUAAUCGCAGGGUUUGACAUUAGUGCUCGCGCUAUGUAAAUACAUAUGGCUUGUGUUCAAGUAAGCGGCAAAAAUUAUGUGAAGUUUGCUCCUACCAGUAGUCCCGAUACUGACAAACAAAAACAACCCUUGCUGCUAAUUAGACUUUUUCGUAGCAUGAUUUCCUUGGGUUGUUUCCUUUUGAAAAUCUGUUGAUUUAUUUCCUGAAGUGAUUUUUUUAACAUCACAAUAAAGAGGAUGCGUUAACAACAAUAAAGAGGAUACGAAUAAAAAACCCUCCUAGCAGAUUUUACAGAAAAUGAGAAGACAAUUCUUUAAAAUAGCAAGUUUAAUGGCCUUGGUGAAAGAGAGUCAAAAUGUGCUUGCUGCAAACAACUCGGAAAUUUAACUACAUCAAUAGCACAGUUGUUUCAUUUCCCUUUUUUCAUUCUUUUUAACUAAAGGUGGGGUGGGGGUAACUGAAGCAGGGCUGCACUGGGAAGGAAAUGUCGCCCCCCAGAAACCAUCUUGGUUGGACAAAACAAAAUUUUGGUCGGACAUCACCAAGAAAAAUAGGUUGAACUUCAUAUCCUUAAAACUACCGAGCUAUUGCAUCCUCGCGAUCAGACCAAUACAAGGCUGUGCUGUAAGGAAAAUUGAAGGGUCUCAGUAAAAUUUCGCAAUGAAUGUAGGACCACCUUCAAGUCCUCCAUCUUGAAAUGAUGAGGCAUCGAGCCGCUUUAAACUAUAAGGUGACUCUUGAAAAAUAUGAACAAAAAGGAACAUCUCUCUUUUAAAAAUUAAAGCAUUAUGCUACCUUUGGUGUAAAGCGGAGGACAUACUAUGCUUAUGUAAAAGAAAACUUCCUAGCCCAGGUCAAUGUUGUUUUGUGACUUUGAGAUCGUCCUAAAACACAAAGCAAGAUUUACUUAUGGUAGAUUUUUAUUCUUCCUUACCGUAAAAUGAUUUAUAUGUUCCAAAAAAAUAUAUUUUCUGCGGGCAUAAUGUCCGAACACUGGUGGGAUAUCGUCGGUCACUAACAAAUUUUGCGCGACUGUUACUUACAGCCCUGGGAACAGGGGGAGUAUUUAGUGAGUAAAAAUGUCGCUGGGUUAGUACAGCUGUACAAUCUGAACGUGUGUUGCCCAGAUGGCAAGUGUUCUAAAAAUUAAGUUUCCAACUGUAUUACUGUCGAAAAAAUAUUCAAAACCUUCCCAUGUUUUUUUUCAGGUUUUGCAACAUACAGGACCUCAUUUAUUAGAUGGAAAAACAGUAAGUUUGUGAUUUAUUAUUAUUGUUGUUGUUGGUAAACAUAAAUGUUGUUAUAUUAAUUGCCCAACUCGGUAAAUCAUAUGCUUACUGAAGUGCCAAUUCUUACCGAAAUGAAUCUCUAAAAGACAACUCCCAAUUGCAAAAUGCUGUAUCUAUGCUAGGCUCUGCAAAAACUGUUGUGUUUAACAUGGCGACCCGCAAUUAUUCUUAGCAACCAGAAUUGCCCUGCAAAAUUUUCUGAGUUCUACACAAGACACCUAUUGUUUAAUGCUAUUUCAGUAGGUGCUGUUGACAGUACAAAACCAUGCACUUACACUCAAAUGAGAACCUCCAUCACCCUCCUCACCCGGCGUCAGUUUAUUAUUUCAACAUGCUGGAGCAUUCUGUCGGCGCUAGUUUAUUUUGUCUGCCUCAGUGAAUUUAAAAUGCCAAUAUAAAAGAAACCUUGGCUGGCACACAUGCAGUGGCACAAUACAUCACAGCAUUAUAGCAUCAAACGACCACACUGUCAAGUUUAAUUGGCUUUAAUUGGCAAUGGGUUUUUUCACCAGCCCCAGAUUCUAAUACCGCACUUUUGUAAUUCAUUGAAUGUGCUUUUACAUUUUUACUACAGUACAAACCUACAUGAGAUUUAAAAUAAAAUCCUCACAGUAAAACAGGCAAAGGUGAAUCAAAGGAAACCAAACAAAAGAUCGAUCAAACUCAAACAAACCUAGUCGGUUCGAUGGUUGUUCGAUUGGUUUGGUAAUCGAACAUAAUCAAGCAGGAACUUUUUGGCAAGUUUGAUUAGGGUUCGAUUAACAAACUUGUUUCAAACCAGACGAAACGGGAUUUAUGUGUGAUUGUUGAAGCUUCGAUUUUUGAACGUUCGAGUUUGUCAAGUGUUCGAUUUCCAAAGGUUUGGUUGUGUUUCAUUGGCAAAAAUUUGGGGUGAUUUUGAUUAUUUUUGAUAACCGAACCAAGUUGAGGUCAAUCAAAUGAUUGGAGUUCGAUUGAGUACUGAAUGUUUGAUUGACUAGGCCGAAGUCAACAACGUGGACAUACACUGUACCAUUUCUGACUGGCAAGAGCCAACUCCAGCCAUUUCUGGUUUGUUUAGGAGAUGUGUUUCCAUUAUAAAAGUGUCUGAAGCAAGUUAGCUGCCUACAUGUACAAAACUUAACACUGUAUAUUCUUAUUGUUUUAGGUUGAUCCUAAGCCAGCAGCACCUAUAAACAAAGUAAGUUGUUUUGUUGUAUUUACCUGUAAAGAAUACAUUGCUUCAUUACCAGAGACAUUUGUAGUUUUUUCGUUGGAUAGAUAAGAAAGUACUUGACUUUGUCUCAAAUUCUCUGACUUUCUUGAAAGGAGAGAUUGUGGUUUAGUACAUGAAGUGUAUUAUUGUUUUAAAGUUGUACUACAUGAAGGGCAGUGUACUGCUGACCAUAAACCUGAGCCUGCAAUAGAGCUUUGGUGUGAAUAACAUUGCAGUGGUAAUUUCCAUUAACUAAUAAUGGACAAGGUUAAAACAAACAUCUCAGAGGAGAGAUUAGUCUGAGAAAAAGCCAGCCUCCUUUUCAGUGAUUUGUAGGUGAGACAAAGUGCUCCAGAAAAAAAAAAACGAAAGCUUAGAUUAUCUUUUAGCUAGUAUGGAGUGCUUAUUGUAAUUUGGUUUUUCUCUCUGAAGCAGAUUGUUGUAAUAAUUACAGUGUUCACUUAUUUUAUCUUUCUACAUUUCAGCCACCUCAUUUAAGAGUAAAGAAAAUAUUUGUGGGAGGUCUUAAACCAGAAACUACAGACCAGCAAAUUAGAGAAUACUUUGGCUCAAAAUAUGCACCGGUAGGUUUUGAUGAUAGUAAGCACUUUUUGUGGACAUUAUUUAUCAUUGGAUAAUAAGUUACUAGUGAUCCAGGGGGUUCAGAUUCACUUGGUGGUUCCAGGGUUCUCACAAAGUGCUGGCAGCUAGCAAUAUAAUAGGCUAUUUGAAGGUUUGAGUCAUCUACUUUUUGGGGAAAAAGGGAGAAAGGAGAGAGUAAAAGACUGAAAUUGCCCACAGCACCCAAUUUCCAGGCCGUUUACUUUUACAUCCUAGUUGUAUACUUUAAAACUUAAAGACAAUCCUGUGGUUCGUUAUUUUUGUCUUCAUAUAAUUUUCUAAUCAUUUUGGAAUUUGAUAUUGUUGGGUUUACUUCGGAGGACAGCUGGGGAAAACUGGAUUACUUGGAGAAUGCAUCUCAGAGCGUGGAGAAGAACCAGCCACAAACUUAAUGCUCCAUGGCUUAUAAACAUUUAUUCAAACAAGUCUGCAACUAGGGCAAAUAUUAUUGUGAUUCUACACUCAUGUGUAUUCUUUCUAAAGCACAGCCUCAGAGUGGUGGGAUUGGAGUAAAUCAACAUUGAUCAGCAAAGGCUGUACAAAAAUGAUUACAUGCAGGAACAACAGAAUGUAAAACAAUACAUAAUUAUCCUGCAUAAUUGCACGCUACCUCCUAGUAUAAAUCAUGUUAUGGUUAUUUACAGUUACAUGAGCAUGCUACAUUGUACAUGUACUUUAUUAUUACAGUUUGUAUUGUUUGUUUGUGUGUGUUUUUUUUCUACAACCUAAUUUUUAUUCCUUUUGCACUUUAUUGCAGGUGAAAGAUAUAGAAUAUGUCCAGGAGCACGCAACAAACAAAAGAAGAGGUUAUAACCUACUGCCUUGACAAUAAUGACAAUAAUUGUUAUAGUUUAUCCUGAACAGUGUAUUAAUUUUAUCAGAUUAUGUUUUUCUAGUCAAAAGAACUUUUGCAAAAAAAGGGGUAAUUGUGGUCAUCGGCAUGCUGCAUAGCAUGAAGUUGAAGUGUGACCUUUUGCAGCAGAAAAAUUAGCAUGGCCCUUUCGUCAAAAAAAAAAUAUUAUUUUUCUUGAUUCAAGAACUGCAAAGUCGUACUUCAUUUUGUCUUCUACUCUAGUCAUCUUUAUGCUAUACAACCUAAAGGCAAAGUGUCGCUCAAUGUGUCAAUUGAAUAAGUGUCACCUUGUGUGUUGAACAUUUUUCUUCCAUGCAAGAAAUCACGCUUUAGUUUCUUUGACAAAACAGGUUUUGUUUCAUGCUUGUAUAUGGCAUACAGUGUAGCAAGCUCAUAAAAUCGCAAGUGGACAACAGAUAUGACAAAAAAAUGUAAACGUGUGCUCUCUCUAGAAAGCUACAUUGUAUUAAUUUUAUGUUUUUAUGUUUUAUGUUUUUGUUUUUUUUUAUGUUUUUGUGUUACUGAGCCUUGAGUGUGAUCUGUAUAGUUUCUUUUCACAGUUGUUUUCUGUAACAUUAGUGUACAAUGUAGAAUGGCUGAUAAAAAAGACUUCAAUUUUCUUGCAGGGUUCUGUUUCGUUUCCUUUGACUCUGAAGACACUGUAGAUAAGAUUUGUGACUUACAAUUCCAUCAUAUUGAUGGCAACAAGGUAAGGAAUUCAACAUCACCCAAGUUUGUUUGUUGUAAUCUGUGGGGGAAUGCAGCCUCCAGUAAGAGAUGUAAAAAUAGUGUCCUCAAUUAGCAGUCCAGCCCAUCUGAUAGGGUGGGAUAAGAAAUCGGAAAUAAUUUAUUGUGCCAUAUUUUCAGGGUAGAUUGUGUGAUAAGAUACGACUAUUAUGCGAUAAAUUAUGUGUUUUUUGUCAGGGCUAAGUAACAUGGUUUUACCAGGAUUGAAAAGAGAAAAAUCACUUUAAUGUUGUUGAACAGGCAAUUUGAAUGUAAAAGAAUGAUAAAACGUCUGUUUUAAAACAAAAUAGUUAAAUUUGUCUAAUUAUCUUGACCCGGAAAAGAAAACAAAUAGAAAGAAAUAAAAACGUCAAUUGUUUAAUAUUACAUGACACCGUUACACCGCUGACCACACUGCUUGUCUCUGACAUAAAAAUGGCUGCCCGGAUACCGUGAUUGAAGGUUUCAGAUGUCUUGCAAGGCUUUCUUUAGUGGUAAAUCAUCUUAAAUAACAUUAAGACUUGGAAAAUGUUUCAUUAAAGUUAGAAUUUAUUGUUUACUUUUCCUGAAUUUAGCAUUUUUUUUAUGAAUUAUGCAAUUUUCCUCAAAUUGUGUGAUUGGAUGCGAUUUGAGGUCAAUUGUGCGAAAUCGCACCACUGCGUAAUAUCAGGUGGCUAGUUAGUACUGCUUUAGUGCUAAACACAUUGACACAAAUAAAGUGCAUUUCUUGCAGGUUGAAGUUAAAAGAGCUCUUCCCAAAGAGGUACAGCAACAACAGGCAGCGCUGAGAGCUGCUGUAGCAGGAAGAGGCAUGCUCCCAGCUGCUAUCGGUGAGCUGACCAUUAUUCAACAUGCAUGCGCUGACAGAAUUUUAAAAAAGCUGUUUAUGCGAUUCUUCAGUAGAAGUGCAAAUACAAUAAUAUUACCUUUUUUCUUUGAAAUGAUUGAGCAGCCGCUACAGCUUUUGGAGUGGUACCUGGAAGAGGAAGAGCAGCCACAACAAGUUUAACAAGAGGUAAAUGCACUUGACUGUACUCCAGUACAGUAAAAACAGUCUUGAGACCCUAUUACAGUGUAUAAUAAUUUAUUGCCAUAUUUCCCAGCUGCUCCCUUAGUGUUUUGUUGUACGAGUUUCUACUCGGGCCUUCAUGGAGCGGCAUGGCGUGGUGUUUAGCGUGUGAGACUGAUAGUUCAAAGGAGUUCAAGUCCUGCCUUAAUCACCAGCUGGAUAAAAGUUCUUGCUAGUCCUGGGUUCAAAUCCUUGUUCGCCUCCCACCAGUUGGGAUUUUUAACCUAAUGUUACGUUCCAUUUAAAUUACUUGUUUCAUUAUCCUUGAAAAGCCUGGUAUACCUUAUGAUUGGUUCAUUUUGACAGCUCUUGUUAACAGUUGGAGGUUCAUUACCUUGCUACCUACUUUUUAAAAUUAAUGCAGUUCAGCAAACAGUACAGUCUGUCACCCAUUACUUGAUUGACAACUUUACCUACAGCUAUAAGAUGGGAUUUAACUAGCCAACAAAGUGGGUGGAAUGACCUUUUGAAAACUAAUCCUAGACAUUCCCUCCACGUUCCUUUUCCCUCUCAUUCUCCACUAUCUAAAUGCCUGGCUUGGCUAGAUCUUGAUUGUAAAAGUCUUUCACACUGGUUCUCGACAGGAGCCGGAGCAGCCGGGCUGAGCCUCACCUACAACCCAACGUACGCUGCAGCCCUUUAUGGCGCAGCAUUUGGUGCCGCCUCAGGAGCUUAUGACCCAGCUUUGUAUCAAACCGCCUAUGCUGGUCUGCCUGGUUACCCAGGCUACUCCCCAGGGACAUUUGCUGCCGCAGCCUCUGAGUAUCCCGGUGGAGGAUAUCCAUAUCCCUAUGGUGCCGCUGGCAGAGAUAUUCGCUAUCAAGGUAUGCCAGGAUUGCAGAGUAAGGAAGUUCUGAAUGCAUAG